AUGACAACGUUUAGCGAAGGUUCAGCAUGGAUGUGGGGAGGAAGUGAUAUGUUUACUGCAGAAGAAGAAGAUGGUCAAGACGUGGCUGCUGAUCAGGAGAUACGUUGGGCAAAUAAAGAUAGCUUAAUUAUGCUAAUCGACUGCAGCAUGCCAAUGUUCCGACUUAGCGGUGGUAACGAUUUAACGCCAUUCCAAUUGAGCAUCAAGUGUACUAGAAGUGUUCUCAUGAAUAAAAUUGUCAGUAGUGAUAAAGAUUUGGUUGGAAUCGUUUUCUUCGGAACGGAUAAAUCCGGUAAUCCGUCAGACUUCAAGCACAUACACGUCUUGCAAGAAUUAGAUUCACCAGAUGCUCAGAGAAUUUUGGAAUUAGAUACAAUGUUAGCAGACGAAGACGGUACCGAUUUUGUAGAAAAUUAUGGACAUAAUGAUGACUUUUCCAUGAAUGAUGCCUUAUGGACAUGCUCUCACAUGUUUUCUAAUAGCCAGCAAAAGAUAGGCCACAAACGUAUAAUGUUAUUUACGAAUAACGACGAUCCACACGAAGGAAAUCUAUCACUAAAGAGGCUGGCACAAACGAAAGCAAAGGAUUUAAACGAUAUUGGGAUAGAAAUUGAAUUAAUGCAUAUUCAGUCAGCUAAUAACAUCUUCGAUAUUACUAAAUUCUAUCAGGAUAUUAUUACAAUUCCUGAAGAUGAAGAUGUUGGUGCUGUACCUGAUGCUUCUGGAAAAUUCGACGAGCUUUUGAUCAGGGUCCGAGCUAAAGACCACAAGAAGCGAUCACUAAUGAAGAUACCUCUUAAUUUGGGGCAAGAUUUGGAAGUAGGCGUAACUAUCUUCAGUCUAUGCCGACCAACUUCAAGGCCGAGCUAUGUUCAAUUAGAUUCUAAAACUAACCAAGUCGUUAAAACUGUAACCAAGCACAUUUGUGAGGAUACUGGAUCUGAGCUAAUGGCUGCCGAUAUUAAAUAUUAUCAGACCUUUGGCGGUGAAAGGGUAAUAUUCGAGAAGGAAGAAGUUGGUGAAAUUAAAAAUUUUGGAAAAAAUGGAUUAACAUUAAUGGGAUUUAAACCGAAAAAUUGUGUUAAGCGUCAUUACCAUGUCCGCCCAUCAUAUUUCAUUUAUCCAGAUGAAAGUGUGAUAUCUGGUAGUACUCGAUUAGUUUCAGCACUUUUGGAGCGUACACUUGCUCGCGAUGUUGUUGCAAUUUGCAAAUUUGUACCCCGCUUUGCUUCUGGUCCAAAAUUUGUUGCUUUAGUACCUCAGAAGGAAGUAUUGGAUGAACAUAAAGUUCAGGUUGUACCACCUGGAUUUAACGUGGUAUUUUUACCAUACGCUGAAGAUUUCCGGCAACUUAAAUAUGAAGAGACACCUGCACCAAUGAAUGAGCAAGUGGACAAAGCUAAAGAUAUCGUGAAAUCAUUGACUUUUCAGUAUAAUCCAGAUAAAUUCGAAAAUCCAGCCCUGCAAAAGCAUUAUUCUAAUUUAGAGGCUUUAGCUCUCGAUCGCGAUGUGCCUGAAGAAUUUAUUGAUUAUACAGAACCUGAUGCUGAAAACAUCGAUAAGCGUGCAGGACAUCAUAUAAAUGAUUUUAUCGAGCUUACUUUUCCUGAGGGCUAUGACGCUAGUGCCGGCCUUAAAGGAGCAACGAAAAGAAAGACCACAAGCGCAACCGGAGGAACAGCUAAGAAAGUAAAGCAAGAAACUAGCGAAAUCGACGUCAAAGAAUACGCGCAGAAAGGGCUGUUAUCAAAAUUAACGGUAAACGACUUGAAGGCAUUUUGUAAAACCGCUGACAUCAAGUGCCAAGGAAAGAAAGCUGAUUUAGUCGCAGCAGUCGCCGCGCAUUUUAAUGUAAAUUAA